AUGCCCACCGACGAAGUCUGCCCCAUCUGCCGGGACCCCUUCGCAACCACCUUCGCCGAGCGAAAGCGGUUCGUCGACGAGAUGACCGCGAACGGCUUCGACUGCAACGCGUAUUUCGGCUUCGACAUCGCCUACAAGCUGCCCUGCGGCCACGCCAUGGGGUUGCUGUGCACGGAGCGCUGGCUCCACACUGACGUCGAUCUCGUCUGCCCCUCCUGCACGCAAGAUCCGAGGACCCCCAUCCAUGGCCUGGACGAAGAUAAGUGGCCCAUCGUUUUCGAUACCGUCUGGUGCGAGGCGGACCCAGAGUAUCACGGCGAUCCCACGUAUUAUGAGAGAAUUGCACACGUGGUGGGCGGAUUGGCAGAUGUGAGGAUGCGGCAUUGCCGGGAGUUCGAGGAGCGCGAGCGAUUGGAGCAGCAGGCGCUGCUAGAGGCCGCGAGGCGCGAGCCGGGGUCCAGAAUCCGUGUUUGGGCGUUGGCGAUUGGAGUGGUGUCGGUCUUUGGUGGUGCGAUCUUCGAGAUUGUUCGCCUGGAGUACUUGAAGUUUGGCCAAGUCUGUGCCGGGUUAGUUCUGGUGGUCCUUGGCAGGUUCGUUCCGCAGGACUUUUGGCAGAUUUGA